AUGGCGGAGCCCAUGCCCAGGAAGCGUAGAAGAGGCGCCGUCUACCUUGACUCCCUGGGCCUUCCCUCAGACAUUGUUCGGGAAGGACAUGGCGACCUCCCAUGGGCUUGGCGUCUUGAAGACAUAUCCCUGCGUACACCGCACCCUAGAGCGUCCAAGUCACAGGAUGUUGCUCCACUUGUACGUUGGCUCGACAGAGACCUCACGUCUCCGCCAUCUUUGAGGAGCUUCAUCGGCUUUGAGCCAGCGGCACGGCGGCAGCGAACAGAGCUCACCAUCACUUGGGAGCCAUUCUUCGCCGAGAAGGGCCCUCCGCGAGAUUUGCCCGAGAUUUUGGUUUCAGAGAAGAGUGCAACAUUGCCAUGGGCCUGGAGGCUGCCAUUUUCUUGA